GUCAAUAAAUGAGACAUUUCCCUGUUUUUUUAAUGGUUGAAUAUUAAUAUACAUUAAAAGAAAAGAAAAAAAUGGCCGAUUUCUUAGAUUCCGAAGCAGAGGAAUCCGAGGAGGAAGAAGAACUUGAAAUUCAUGAAAGGAAAAAACUAAAAAAAUUGAAGGCAAUGGCUGAUAGUAGCGAGGAAGACGAAGAAGACGAUGAUGAAAGGUUGCGAGAAGAAUUGAAGGAUCUUAUUGAUGAUAAUCCAAUUGAGGAAGGCAGCGACGGAGAAGACACCGAUAAUUCCAAUUCAUCGAAGAAAAGAAAAAAAUACGACGAUGACGAUGACCUAGAUGAUAGAUUAGAGGAUGAUGAUUAUGAUUUACUUGAAGAGAAUUUGGGUGUCACUAUUGAGAGAAGAAAACGUUUCAAACGCCUUAGAAGAAUUCAAGAUGAAGAAAGUGAUGGCGAAGAUCAUGUUGACGAAGGCCUCGCGAGAGAAGCUAUAGCUGAGCAAUUAUUUGACGAUAAUGAGAAUAUCGAACGUCGUUCCGAGAAAAGUCAAAGGGAACCUGAAAAUUUCGACGAGGAGGAAGAUACAGAUUCAGACGCUGACGACUUUAUUGUUGAUGAUGAAGGUCGACCUAUAGCAGAGAAAAAAAAGAAAAGAAAACCAAUUUUCACUGAUGCUUCCUUACAGGAAGGCCAGGAUAUUUUUGGUGUUGACUUUGAUUAUGAGGAUUUCUCAAAAUAUGACGAUGAUGAAUACGAAGAUGACUCUGAAGCUGAGGAAUACGAUGAAGAGGGUGGAGAAGAUGACCGCGGUAAAACAAAAAAGAAGUCGGUGAAAAAGAAAGUGCCGAAGAAAACUAUAUUUGAUUUAUAUGAACCAAGCGAAUUGAAGCGCGGACAUUUCACCGACCUUGAUAAUGAAAUCAGAAAGACCGACAUACCUGAGCGUAUGCAAUUAAGGCAAAUUCCCGUUACCUCAGUACCGGAAGGUUCGUUGGAAUUGGAUAAUGAAGCCGAGUGGAUCUACAAGCAAGCUUUUUGUAAAUUACCCGUAUCACAGCACGAUAAGAAUGAAAUAUAUCGCGAGAAAUUUAAGAAACCGCCUAGUUCAGUUGGUAAAAUAAAACAAGCUCUAGAAUUCAUACGAAAUCAACAACUUGAAGUGCCCUUUAUAGCCUUUUACCGUAAGGAAUACAUCAAACCCGAAUUAAAUACAGAUGAUUUGUGGAAGGUGUAUUAUUUUGACGAGAGAUGGUGUCAAUUGCUGAGCAGGAAGAAUAAAUUAGUGCAGCUUUUUGAAAAGAUGGCAAGUUAUCAGUCAAACGAAAUCAUAAGCCAAACUGAGAAUGAUUUACCCGAUGACAUCAGGUUAAUUAAAGAUGAAGAUUUAGAUCGAUUACGCGAAGUGCAAACUAUGGAAGAGCUGAGGGAUGUACACAUGCAAUUUUUACUUUAUUAUUCACAUAUAAUACCAAAAAUGCAAGAAGAACAACGAAGAAAAGAAAGAGAACUUAAAAAGCAACAGAAAAGGGAACAACGACGCCAAGCAAAUGAAGAAAAUCCUGAUGAAGUGCAAUUGACAUACGAUAGUUCCGACGAAGACGAUAUACCCGAGGAACAUUUAAAACAAGCUAAGGACUCUGGCCCAUACGCAAUGUGCCGUAAGGCAGGUAUUUGUGGAUUUGCAAAAAGGUUUGGCUUACGACCUGAGCAAUUUGCUGAAAAUCUUCGCGAUAGUUAUCAAAGGCACGAAGUCGAUCAGGAGCCAAUAAGUCCUUCAGACUUAGCGAAACAGUAUCUAACAACAAAGUUUAUGACUGUUGAUGAAGUGAUACAUGCAGCAAAAUUUGUGGUAGCAAGGCAAAUCUCUAGAGAACCUUUGCUAAGGAAGACAGUUCGAGAGGUAUUUUUUGAACGCGCUAAACUUAGUGUCCGGCCCACAAAAAGGGGCAUGAAAGAAAUUGAUGAAAAUCAUCCUUGCUACUCAAUGAAAUACUUAUCAAAUAAGCCAGUGAGAGAAUUCGUUGUAGAUCAAUUCCUUAGACUUGUAAUGGCUGAAGAUGAUAAACUAUUAACCAUAACUAUAUCCGAUCAGAUCGAAGGAAUUACUACAAAUUCUUAUAUUACAGAAUCAAAGCAACUUUAUCAGCGCGACGAAUUCUCAAAAGUGGUUCAAGAAUGGAACUCACUACGAGCAGAAUGCGUGGAAUUGGCAUUGAAAAAGAUGGUCUUUCCAGACUUAAGGAAAGAAUUAAAAAUUAUUGUUCUCGCAGAGGCGAAGGAACAUGUCUUAAAGUCUUGCUGUACAAAACUAUCGAAUUGGCUUAAAGUUGCGCCAUAUCGACCCGAUUUUUCUGACGAAUUUACUUUCGAUGACUGGGGCGCACAGAAAGGAAUACGAGCAAUGGGAUUAGCAUAUGCUCCUGAUUAUUCUCAAGCUGGUUUUUGUGUAAUAACUACGCCUGAAGGGGACGUUAGUGACUAUCUAAGAUUACCACACAUAUUGAAAAGAAAAAAUUCUUAUAGACCUGAAGAAAAAGCUCUAAAAUUAUCGGAUAUUAAGAAUUUAAAAGAAUUUAUUCGUAAUAAAAAGCCUCACGUCAUUGCUGUUGGUGGUGAAUCGAGAGAAGCCCAAAUGAUUCAAAGUGAUAUCCAAGAAAUCGUUAAGGAAUUAAUACAAGAGGAACAAUUUCCUUGCAUUGCUGUUGAAAUCGUAGAUAACGAGUUGGCUAAAAUUUACGCAAAUUCACAGAAGGGAUCCUCAGAUUUUAAAGAGUAUCCCACAUUGUUAAAACAGGCCGUGUCACUGGCAAGAAAAAUUCAAGAUCCUCUUGUAGAAUUUUCGCAAUUGUGCGGCGCAGAUGAAGAAGUUUUGUGCUUACGUUACCAUCCACUACAAGAUCAAAUUUCCAAAGAUGAAUUGCUUGAAUAUUUAUAUAUUGAAUUCAUUAAUCAAACAAAUGAAGUAGGCGUUGAUAUAAAUAUGGCUAUACAGAAUGCGCACACAUUAAAUUUGGUUCAAUUUGUAUGUGGACUCGGACCACGCAAGGGUCAAGCUUUAGUUAAAAUUCUUAAACAAUCUAAUCAAAGGUUAGAAAAUCGAACACAGCUGGUCACGUUGUGUCACUUAGGUCCUAAAGUGUUUAUCAAUUGUUCAGGCUUCAUCAAAAUCGAUACCAGCUCUUUAGGCGAUAGUACCGAAGCCUAUGUAGAGGUAUUAGAUGGAAGUAGGGUUCAUCCUGAAACGUAUGAAUGGGCUAGAAAAAUGGCUAUAGACGCUAUGGAAUAUGAUGACGAAGAAACUAAUCCAGCCGGAGCGCUUGAAGAGAUUUUAGAAGCACCCGAACGAUUAAAGGAUCUUGACCUUGAUGCUUUUGCAGUGGAACUUGAACGGCAAGGUUUUGGAAACAAAAGCAUAACAUUGUACGAUAUUAGGGCAGAAUUGAACUCUCUAUAUAGAGAUUUUCGCAAUCCAUACCGUUCGCCAAAUUCCGAAGAAUUAUUUGAUAAUCUGACGAAAGAGACUCCAGAGUCAUUUUAUGUUGGUAAAAUGGUUUUAGGUACUGUGACAGGUAUAUCACAUCGCAAGCCGCAAGGAGAUCAGCUAGAUCAUGCAAAUCCGGUCAGAAACGACGAAACAGGAAACUGGCAAUGUCCAUUCUGUUUAAAAGAUGAUUUCCCAGAAUUGUCUGAAGUAUGGAAUCAUUUCGAUGCAGGAGGAUGUCCAGGACAAGCUACUGGCGUCAAAUUGCGAUUAGAUAAUGGUCUCUCAGGUUUUAUUCAUAUUAAAAAUCUGUCAGAUAAACAUGUAAAAAAUCCGGAAGAACGAGUUCAAAUUGGUCAAGCAAUUCACGUAAGAAUUAUUAAGAUAGAUGUAGAUCGUUUUUCAGUUGAUUGCUCGUCAAAAAGUUCCGAUUUAAUGGAUAAAAAUCAUGAAUGGCGACCACGUCGCGAUCCAUUUUACGAUUAUGAGCAGGAAGAAAAGGACAACCGUAAGGAGAGUGAUCAUAAGCAAGUGCAAGCUAAACAGCAGUAUGUUAAGCGGGUAAUAGUUCAUCCAUCAUUCCACAAUAAAUCAUACGCUGAAGUUGUCAAAAUAAUGGAAACCAUGGACCAAGGCGAAGUUGUAGUUCGACCUUCGAGCAAGGGAUCAGAUCAUUUGACAGUUACCUGGAAAGUUACCGAAGAUAUUUAUCAGCAUAUUGACGUCCGGGAGGAAGGAAAAGAGAAUGCUUUCAGUCUGGGUCAAAGCUUGUGGAUAGGUAAUGAGGAAUUUGAAGAUUUAGAUGAAAUAAUUGCCCGGCAUGUAAAUCCAAUGGCGGCGUGCGCUCGUGACUUACUUAAUUAUAAAUACUACCGUGAUACAGGCGGAGGUCUUAAAGACAAAAUGGAAGAACUUUUAAAAGAAGAAAAGCAAAAAGAUCCACGCAAGAUUCAUUAUUUUAUUUCUGCUUCGAAAAAUUACCCCGGAAAAUUUUUACUAUCCUACUUGCCAAAAACUAAAUGCCGACAUGAAUAUGUAACCGUGAUACCGGAAGGAUUCCGAUUUAGAGGGCAGAUAUUUGAAACUUUGAACUCUUUUCUAAAAUGGUUCAAAGAUCAUUAUUCGGAUCCUAUUGUUUCAAAUACCCCAAUAUCAACACCUCAUGUGCAAGUAAGCGUACGUGCUAGCGCCAAUCAUGAAUCUAGAUCUAUGACGCAACAAAUACCACAAUCUGUCCACACACCGCAUUUUUCAAGUACUCCGGGCUAUCAAGGAGGAUACCUGAAUACCCCGUAUUCACCGAGUGGACAAACCCCAUUUAUGACGCCAUAUACAACGCCACAUACAUCUCAAACACCACGUUACGGCAACAGCACACCCAGUCCAAGCUCUGGCAUUUCCAAUAUUAACUACGGUCGUCAACAGCACCAUUCUAAAGCAAUAAGAGAUUCAUCAUUUAACACAAUUUCUCCUAGAUAUGAUAUGGAAGUUCACAACAAAAAUAGAUCGCAUCGCAACAAUGAAAGCCUUGAAUGGCAAAUGGCUUCUGAUUCUUGGGCAAGACGAAAGCGUACACCAUCGUCUUUGCAUACAUCACAUAACACAUCAAGUGAGUUUUCCCACUUAACAAGAGCAUCUCCCCGUUCUAUGAACAUUGGUGAUUCAACUCCUUUAUAUGAUGAAAAUUAAGUUAUGUACUAUCUAUUUGAGUAAUUAUAACAAACAAUAAAUCUGUUCAUUUAAAAAAAUAAACCUAGAUCAAUUUAUAAACAUAGGUGUAAUUAA